CCUAGUAUUCAUCGUGUGUUUAGGUCUUCAAGAAACGUUCCUCUGUUGUAGUUCUAGUGAAUCAAGGGUUGAGAUUGAAACUCUCACGUUUCAAGGAUGUAUCCGACAUGAAUCACGAACAUUACAAUAAUACCAUGAACCGCCAACCUGACAUAUUGAUGUCAAUGAAUGUAAUCUCUCACUGAUGAAUAAAUAAAUGAAGUAUUCAAUUUAACCCAGAAGAACUUAACUUGUAAGUCACCACAGCAGUAGAUUUGAAACAGUGAUUCAGUCCUGAAACUGGCCUGAAGGUGGCUGCUAGAGAUACAGCAGAAGCUGUAAGAAUGUGGCUCUGAGGUACAAGAAAAACAGCCUCGACUGCAAGACUAAUGAACCGUUGAAGUCAAUUUAAAGAAGAACUAGUUGUAUGAGUUAAUGUUUCUCCAUUUGUGCUCAGUUCAUUACUUUAAAAAAAGCGUUUGAACAAAUGAUUCAACACUAUUUAAGAUUACAUGCAACUUUAACGAAGCCUCAUAUAAAAAAAAUUACAAAUCAGAACCACAUUAGUCUGGUGAACUCUGAGUGGCAUGGAGGUGAUCCCGGUUUUAUUUCGGCAGCCCACAUUGCUUACAGAGUUGUAUCAGCUCUAAACGAGUAAAUGAGAGCAUGUGAAUCUCUUUGAGGUUGUGUUUCUUCUUCGGUUUGGUGAGUGAUGCUCUGAGCGCUCUGGAUCCAGCAAGGGUCAGUUGCUAAACUGAAGGGGACAAUCUGCUCUCUUCUAAAGUUGAAUGCCAGGAAACAAGCGUUAAUGCUUUUAGUCUUUUGUCAAUGUUCACACAGGUAAUCAGGGAUUUGUCAGAGGGUUCAGAGACAGGGGUCAAGUUAAGAUUAACCCACACUGUGCACUUGUAAAGGCAAUGAUUGAAGACUAUAUGUAAGGUCUAUUAUCUGCCAAACGAGGCUUUAAAACUCGGAGAAAAAGUCCAACAUAAAAAAGACCGCAAGACAAAGUUGUUUGAAUUUACUGUAUGUAACGUACAGUCUGAGUCGUGUUCAGCAGCUGUUUGGAUUUGAAUACAUUUCAUUUAACAUCUAGUACACUGCAGCAUUGAAGAUACAUUUGUUACGACUCACAUCUUUGUAUUUAUUAAACUGAAGUCUGUCUGUUGCAUCCCUCAGUAUCACUGCGCUGAAUUGUUCAAAUCUCUAGAGAACGGGUCAUAGAUGCCAGUAAGCGUUCUCUGAUAAACACUCUUGAAGUUGUUACAACACGUUGCAUCGUAAAGUGCCAGCAAAAAUCUAUUUAUCCGUCACAUGGGAAAAUCCGCCUCUUUACUCUCACAACCUAAGCAAUGUCUUUGCAUGUACAGUUCAAUGUUUCUCAUGCACGACUGGAACAACCAAUAUCAGCCAAGAAUAAAGGAACGGCCUGUGUAGUGAAACACAGUGUGAGUCUGAUAGUUCAGCAGAAGUCACAUCGUCUGCUCUGUGCCUUCAACAACCGUUGCCAUUCAAAUGUUAGUGACUCAGCCUGGACACCUGAAAAAAGUGAGUGUUUUUGGAAUGACGGCAUGUCCUUCCUCUUUGGUAAUGUUCUUUAAAUAUGUUGCAUUUCCCUUAUACAGUGGGUAUGACAUCAGCCUACUUCCUACAAUUCUGUUUCGGUAUUUCUCUCCAACUGCAGAGGGCAAAUCUGAGCUUUUUCCUGGCAAAAGAAAAAAUGAAAAAUGUUGACACUAAAAUGUGGCUUUGCCAAAGCUAAAUGACUAUUCAGGACAAAACAUGAAGCACAAUAUUGCCACAGCUAUUUUGCUUGGCAGACUGUUGGAACACGGUCUCUGUUUUUCAGGGAUUUUACUGUUCGGGGAGUCAAGAGUGAAGCUGUUGAAUUAAUAACAGAGCGCCUGUGAUGGAAGCACAUUCCUGCAGUAUAAGACAAAACAUCCUCCUAUAUCAAUGCCGUUUCUGCGUCACACACCUGCACCCUGUUCCCCACUGUGACCGAGAGAACUCAGACAGACUUCAGCGAAAAACAUUCGGAGAAAAGACCCUCAACCUCCCAUUCAUGUCUGGCAGGAUCGUCAUUACAACAGAUACCAUUUGUAUCGCUGUAUGUAUAAAUAUGAUAUCUAGAAAAAGAAACAAAGGGUUGAUUCAAUUUCAGAACCAUUUUCUACUGAAAAACAGCCACAGAAAUAGAGCUUACUUGAGUAUUUCAGGCAUGUUGUUCACAAAGGAUGUCUGAAAAUUCACCACCCGUUCAAAAACCUCAGAGCACGACUCAAAAUGACAACGGUUUACAGAGUGAACCAAAACCAAUAUCCUGAUCUGAAUAAUCUGAUUGAUAAUACUUAUGACUCAGACAGAGUUCUGCCAAGUACAUUUCAUCUGUAUCUUCUAUUAAUCUACCAUGAAGCAGCAAAAAGUCGGGACUAUUUUGUGAACAGAGAUCAGAAAAUGUCACAUUUAUUUUGGACUAAUAACAGAUUAUAUGAGACUUUUUGGACCCUGAGACCCAAAGGAAGAUCUGGGAAUUGUGGAUUGUUUUAUAACUGAAUUUAUAAACAGAGAACAUUUUUUAAAAGUAUCAAUAAAAACGAAUAAUCAGUAGAUUUCUGGGGAUUAACCAUUUAAUAUAUAAGGAACUAAGGAGGAAAAUAUUUGGAAUUAAUAAAUGUUUCCUGUGAAUCUCCCAUUCAAAGAUGCAAGUGUGUUUGUCGUGGGCCGGGAAACCUUUUAAUGAAUGGACACUGCUACUAUCACAGCUGCAUCCUGAGGAGCUGUUCAACUGGAGAAAAAACCCCACGUGGGUAUUACAGAGGAUAUAGUGGAACGUGUGUAGUUUUGUGCAUCUGCUCCUCUGUGUUGUUAAGUGAGCGAGUUCUGAAAGGAAUCACUGCUCUUCACAGCGGCUGGCCGCAGUGAGGGGGGAGUGGUUUAAACUCACAGCUAAUCAGAGGAGCCAUGGGCAGCUCAAACAAGUGGUUGGGGGCUUGAAAAGCAAGCACAUGCAGUCCGGCACAGUUAACCUAAAGGGAGUGACACACUACCUCCAAUUCCUGAUGGCUUUUUCCCCUCCUACCACUGAGAGGAAAUAAAAAGAAUCUGCAGAAUCUCAGGAGGAUUGGUUACACUUGGAUGCUGCCGAGGAAAGACAUCUAGUCAUCAAGAGAAGCUUAAAACAACCUAAAAAUCCAAGGAGUUAUAAUUGUACUAACUUUAUUUGUAGGUAAAUAGAUCUACUAUGAAGAUGCUGAAUGUAGACUUUCUAGUUUUAAGUUUCUGCCUUGGUCUGGGGCCAGGAUACAGUGCUGUUGCUAAGAGACAAUAUCAGAUCCAAAAUGGGCCGUGCAGCUACACCUUUCUGCUGCCGGAGCAGGAAAACUGCCAAACCCAAAGCAGCAACUAUCCAGUUCAAAAAGAUGGACCUGAGGACAACGAGGAGUCGGCUCAGAGGCUGGAACAACUGGAGAACAUCAUGGAGAACAACACUCAGUGGCUGCUGAAGCUGGAGAACUACAUCCAGGACAGCAUGAAGCAAGACAUGGUGCAACUCCAACAGACGGCUGUACACAACCACACGGCGACGAUGAUUGAAAUUGGAACCAACCUGCUGAGUCAAACCGCAGAGCAGACGAGGAAACUGACCAAUGUGGAGGCCCAGGUAAUUCAUCAUUCAACUCGACUUGAGCGCAAACUGCUUGAGAAUUCCUUGUCAACCAACAAGUUGGAGAAACAACUGAUUAUCCAAACGAAUGACAUCAGCAAGCUGAAUGACAAAAACAGCUUUCUGGAGAAAAAGGUGGAUGAGAUGGAGGAGCAGAGGCAGGUGGAGCAGAAGAUGCUUCGAGAUGAAAAGGAGCAGCUUCAGGCUCUCAUCCUCCGGCAGACGGCCAUCAUCGGUGAGUUGGAGCUGCAGCUGCUCAAAGUCUCCUCCAACAACACUGGACUGCAGCGUCAGCAGCAGGAGCUGCUGGACGCCGUGAACAACCUCAUCCACUCCAUCUCUGUCAGCUCAGCUCGAGAGAUCAAAACGGUCAUGAUGCAGGACACUCCGACCACCUUCAUGGACUGCGCUGCUGUCUUCAAGUCAGGAAACACCCAGAGUGGAGUCUACACGCUCACAUUACCCAACACCACCAUCGAGGUUAAGGCUUUCUGUGACAUGGAAACAGAAGGAGGAGGCUGGACCGUACUACAAAAACGCUUUGACGGCCAUGUUGACUUUCACCGAACGUGGCAAGAGUACAGAAAGGGUUUUGGAGACCCCUCAGGUGAAUUCUGGUUAGGCAAUGAGUUUGUCUCCAGACUGACAAUUAAACGGUCCUACCAUCUCAGGAUCCAGCUGAGUGACUGGGAUGGAAACUCUGGGUUCUCACAGUACGACCAGUUUUCCCUCGAAGGUGAAGCACAAAAUUACAGGAUACACCUUAAAGGCUUCAGCGGAACAGCCGGCAAAAUAAGCAGCAUCGGCCAGCCAGGAAGUGAUUUCAGUACAAAGGAUGCAGACAACGACAAAUGUGUUUGUAAAUGUUCACAACUGACAACAGGGGGUUGGUGGUUUGAUGCUUGUGGUCCGUCCAAUUUGAAUGGGAUGUAUUACCAGCAAGGCCAAAACUCAAAUCGCUUCAAUGGAAUCAAAUGGUACUACUGGAAAGGCUCGGGCUACUCACUGAGGUCCACGACAAUGAUGAUCAGACCAGCAGACUUCUCAGGUUCCCAUUGAACCGUCACUCUCAGAACAAACAAACCGGGUGGGAAAUUAUGUCCGACAACACAGCCAAAAAUAAAAAGUAUCGAGUAAACCAAAGCACUUCAUGAACACAUUUGACAUACUUUUGGAAAGACAUAUUUUGUGCAUUUUUAUGUUUAAUAAUUUAAAUCACCGGGCUGCACGGUGUUGUAGUGGCUAGCACUGUCGCCUCACAGCAAGAGGGCCGUGGGUUCAAAUCCCAGGUGGGGCGAUCCUUCAGUGUGGAGUUUGCAUGUUCUCCCCGUGGUUCCCUCCGGGUUCUCCGGCUUCCUCCCACAGUCCAAAGACAUGCAGUCAGGUUAAUUGAUCUCCAAGUUGCCCGUAGGUGUGAAUUUGAGCAUGAAUGGUUGUCUGUCUGUGCCCUGGAUGGACUGGCGACCUGUCCAGGGUGUCCCCUGCCUUCGCCCUAUGUCAGCUGGGAUCGGCUCCAGCGCCCCGCGACCCUAAUGAGGAUAAGCGGUAUGGAUAAUGGAAUGGGAUGUUGCAAGAAAUUGUUACAUAUGUACUGUCAAAAUGACAACUAUCUAUAGUGAAAAUAUGUAUGACUGUGGUAUGUAUAUAGAUUACUAUGGGUAUAGUAAUUACACUGGGAAAUAACAUCUAACUCAUUAAAAUGUGACAUAAUUAAAUUUCUUUAAAGAUUUUAAUUUAGUUCAAUCAUCCGUUUGAUUGUGUUGAAUAACAACUUCCUAUGUCGUUGUAAAAAAGGAGACAAAAACAUAUGGUAAAACAUUCCAUAUGUUUUUGCUAAAAUGCAAAUGUGAAAAGAAAUGCCACAGAAAAUCUUUCUCUACAGAUAAUGUUGUUUUCCCCCCCGAGACUGUAUGUAAAUUUGUUGUUUAAUUUAUAUGUAGAUUUAUACGAAGAUUUAUAUUUAACAUUGUACUGUAUAUGAGGGAAAUUCGAGUCCUAGCUAGUGAACAAUUUCAUUGCACAUUCACACGAGGAGGAAUUCUUUAAAUAUAACUCUGCAGUCCAGUUCCACAUGCUCAUACAUGACAAUUCUCUUUUGACAGUAUUUGGGGAAUGUAUUUCUUUAUUUAUGUUAUGUUUCUUUUGAAGCUUCAACAAGCAACAUUUAUGAUAAAUCUGUGAGCGUGAGGAAGCUACAUUUCUGAAUUAUUUGUAAUGUAAUAUUAAACAACCACAAAGCAGA